AUGCACACUCAUGUGGGACAAGGGUUCGCAUGGUCUAUUACCUCUGAAAAAGAAACCAUAAAAAAAUUGAGAUGAUGACUUGGUAAAAAACAAAAUUCUACGUUAUCAAUCAGUUAACAGAAAAAUAUUAGAUACAUAUGUUUAUUGCUUCAAUUGAACAAGAAGUGGGUACGUCACAACUAACGUACGUAUAAAGGUGUGACGUCAUGUGACAUUUCAACUCAACUUACCGCCUUAAGUUAUUGAUUACGCAAAAAAAUGUAUUUAAUACAAACAGAAAUUAGGCGUCAUCUCUAUUAUGAGAUAGAUUGCAAAGUGUCGCAUCUUCUGCGCGAAGAAGUAUUAACAGAUAUGGCUGAUGCUUUUGUGUUUUAAAAACAAUAAGAGACAAACAAAUAUGCAAACACUUUUUUUUGGUAACGCAGCGGUAAUGCACCUUAAGCUUUAAAUCCAGAUUCUCCAGCCCCUCGGUCUAACGAUCUAAUAAAAGUCGUGGGAAGUCCCUGGAUGCGGGCAGCGCAGGGACGAUCGUCGUGGAAACCCACCGGGUUGGCCUAUGUCCAACAGUGGGCGUCGAAUGCAUAUGACGAAUAUUCGGCUGGAAAGGGUUUCUUUGAAGGGUUAUUAACGCAGUCUUUGUUUCAGGAGCGGCGACCCCUGCCCCCGGGGGCUUGUGGCGAGGAAUGGCGCGAAGUAAGGGCGCAGUCUGCCUCUUUACAGUUCAUUUUCUCUCCUGCAUUAUUGAAGGAAACUGUAAUGAUACCAAAAUCUGGCGAUAAUCGAUGGGAUAAGUUGAUGAAACUCUUGCUAAUGUGUCGCCAAGAAAGUGGUAAUAGCCGGUCACGUGAUCAAAGCACCGUCUCCGAGUCAUCAAGGAGAUUUCGAACAGAGUUCUUAGAAGACUGGCCCCAGACACCUGGGGCACCAUACUUCGAUCCUAGCACGCCCGACAACGUGACCGGCCUAGUUGGACACCCGGUAUCAUGGGUCCGACACAGAGACAUACAUUUACUGACGGUAGGUCGGUACACUUAUACGUCAGACCAGAGGUUCGAAGCCCAACACAAGCCGCGCUCGGAGGAGUGGGCGUUAUACAUCCGAAGCCCACAGCGACGAGAUUCUGGACAGUACGAGUGUCAAAUAUCUACCACACCACCUAUAGGACACGCUGUCCAUCUCAACAUAGUUGAACCCGAAACAGAAAUAAUGGGUGGUUCUGACUUAUUCAUCUAUGCUGGCUCCACAAUCAAUCUCACAUGUAUCGUACGGCAUACGCCAGAGCCACCUAGCACAAUAAAUUGGACGCAUAGAGGCAAGAGAAGGGUAUCCACAGCAGUAGCAGAUUGCUGGUGCAAUCUGCGAGAACGUCAGACGCAGGCGCAUAUGAGUGUGUACCAGAUAAUGCUCAAGUGGCUACUGCCCGCGUUCACGUGCUUACUGCGUGUCUCUACCGCUGUAUCUGCUCGUAUACGCACGGUAGACGCACACUACAUGAUCACGCCGCCGCCGUGUGCUUAG